AUGCACCCCACAGGAUCAUUUACUGAUGUGGGCGUGGCGCCUCCUCUCAAUGCUGCUCUUGCUCGUAUGUCUAUACGAGCCCCAACAGAGAUCCAAGUUGCCUGUAUUCCUCCCCUUCUCGAAGGGAGAGAUUGCAUAGGAAACGCAAAGACAGGUUCUGGGAAGACUAUAGCAUUUGCAAUCCCAAUCCUGCAGAAGUUAUCUGAGGAUCCAUAUGGCAUAUUCGCGCUAGUACUGACACCCACGAGGGAACUGGCAUUUCAGAUAUCCGAACAAUUUGCAGUGCUUGGUGCUGCAAUAGGCGUCCGAACGUCUGUCGUUGUCGGUGGCAUGGAUAUGAUGACACAAGCUUUAGAACUGGGUGGCCUUCCCCAUGUUGUAGUAGCCACGCCCGGGCGUAUCGUUGACCACCUGCGGAGUAGCAACGGCGAAUGGAAUUUGUCUCGUGUGAAGUUCCUUGUAUUAGAUGAAGCGGAUCGUCUCCUUACAUCGACUUUUUCCCCCGAACUCAAAUUUUUGUUUGAGACUCUGCCAAGCGAUCGGCAAACCUGUCUUUUUACUGCUACCCUGACAGAAGCAAUUGAGUCCUUGAUUGAAGCCCCGCCGAGGUCUGGAAAGUUGAAACCUUUUGUGCAUAGAACGUUAUCAACUGUCGAAACAGUCGCGACGUUAAAGCAACAUUACGUUCUGGUUCCUUCGCACGUGCGCGAGCCGUAUCUCUAUCAUUUACUUUGUAACCCUCCAGAAAGUAUCGCAUCACUCCGGAGGGUAACCCCAGAGCCAAUAAAACCGGGAAAAUCCAGAGGAAAAACGAGAACAUCGCAAAAACCCGGUCCAGAUGAGGAUAUACCCAUACAACCACCACCUACCAUCAUAUUCUGCACGAAGCCUCGGACUGCUGCUUAUAUUACCCAUCUACUUCAGACGUUGUCUAUUCGCAGCACCGCGCUGCAUUCAAGAUUGACACAACGGGAACGGUUGACGUCAUUGUCACUUUUUCGGUCAUCUUUUAUCCCAGUUCUUGUAUCGACAGAUGUUGGCGCCCGUGGUUUGGACAUUGAAGACGUGGCAAUGGUCAUCAACUGGGACCUACCAAAUGAGCCGGAAGAAUACACUCACCGAGUCGGAAGAACUGCACGUGCUGGUAAAGGUGGUGUUGCUAUUAGUUUUGUGACCGAAAAGGAUGAGGAGCGUGUAUCACGAAUAGAAGCACGAAUCGGGAUGCAAUUAGAGGCUAUGACCAUGCCAGAAAACAUGGUUUUAGAAAAAUUGAAUGCCGUAUCCACAGCGAAAAGGCUAGCAAAUAUGGAAUUACAUGAUUCAAAUUUUGGCCAACGAGAAGAAAUACAUAAACUGAAGUCUAGGAGAAAAGCCGAGGCAUGA